AUGGAAGAUUGGGCAACCUCCUCUAGAAGCCAGGCAGGGCCUCCAUUCCCCUUCCACAAGUCGUCAUAUCCGUUCGAUGGUUCGAAAGUUGAUUCCACAUAUCCCUUCCAAGCAAGCGAUGAGGAACUCCUUUCCGUGUACGCCGAGGAAAGGGCCCGAGCGCAGAGGGCUAGAUUUGAAGAGUCGAAGGAAGAAACCAAAGAAGAAGAUGAUGACUUAGACUAUAGGUUCCAAACCUCGUUUAUUCGUCCCGGGUCCGAGCAAUCGAAAGAAGGGACGAAAGAAGGAGAUGAUACACUAGACAAUAGAUUCCAAGCCUCAUUUAUCAGGGCCAGGUCUGUGGAGUCAAAUGAAGAGACAAAAGAAGAAGAUGUUGAAAUGGACACUGGAUCCACUCAAUGCUUGGACUACUACGAGGAAGAGCUCGAAAUCGAUCCCACAAUACUACCCACUGGGUCAGCCAAUUUUUGUAUUGUAAAUUGUGAAUCGUGUACUCCGCCUCCCAUCAGCUGGAUCAUUCAAGCAAUCUACAGCGCAAGGCAUGAUCUAAGAUUCAAGCUCAAGACGCCACAGGGUGCCCACAUGCUUCUCUAUGCAGAUGAGAUUAUUGACUGCGUCCUAGUCCUGAUUGACGAGGACGAUGGAAGUGCUUACUUUCAGAUUGAAGACUUGUAUGGAAACAUUUUAUUUGCUGAUUGCGAUCAGGUGGAAGCUCAUAUACUUUACAUAAUCUCCACAGAAACGAGAAAAAGACAAGCCACUGUGGAGCAUGCCACGAUGGAUCAUGAAACUUUCUCCCAUCAUGCCAAGCCCAAAAGACGCCGAAAGCACAGCGGACCGCUUGUCUCUGGUCUUCGCAAGCUAUCGGGGCUAGUGAAGCAAUGCCGCACAUCAUCUCAUAGUAGCUAA